CUAUAACCAACAAGGUUAGCUCGGUCAUAAAUAAUCACCUGUCAUUAAGGGUGUUUAUGUUGCCAUAUCUGGAAUUUUCUCAGCUCGUUCAUUAUAUAUAAACGAAAGGGCGCUAUUACCUUUUUUUUCAUACCUUUAGUUAAAUAAAUGAUCUCUCAUUUCUUACACUUCAAUUAACCUUUGUUGCAAGUUUAUAAAGGUUUAUUGCUAUUUAUUAUUAUUUUUUUAUACAUAUAUCUUUAUUCUUACAUUUUCGACAAUCCGUUUCAUUUAUUUUUUUUUAUUCUAGAAUGGGUGUAAUACUUUCACGUUUUCGGUCGCAAAGUGAUGAUAAUUAUGAAAAAAUUCUUUCAGAACUCGACGAUGAUAUUGGUCGAGCUGAGGUUCGCUUACGUGAGAUAAGAAUUCGUGAGCGUAGUGCGUUGAUAAUUUGGAUCGUGUAUUCUAUGUUGGCCUACGUUGCAUAUGUGGCAGGUUAUUGGUACUUUGUUUAUAUGUCUAUUGAAGAAGAAGGGUGGGAUUUUAUGAAAAUUGCACCAGUCUUUACUGGUCCUUUUUUCAUAGUAAUUGGGUAUAGAUUUUUGGCCUUAUGGUAUAAACGAAAAGAAACAACUGAAAUAUCACAACUCGAACACCUAAGAGCUAAACAAAAGUUAAAAGUAGAAGAGCUUAAAAAGAAAACCGGAUAUUAUACAACUAAAACUUUACUGGAUCGUUAUGAUUCGUCUAAAGGGCAAAUAAAUCAACAAAAUGUACCUGUACGUCCCGUACAAUCUAUUAAUCCUAGUCUUCGUCAACGAAAUGUUCCCAAUCCUCAAGUACCAGAAAUUAAUAGUAUUAAUGGAGAUUCAAGAAGUAACAAUAUAGAACUUAACAUUGGUGGUAACGCACCACGUCCUAAUUCUUACGAUCCAAAUAGUCCAAAUUCAAUUACACCUCUUCAAAGGCGGUGGUAUGAUAAGUUAGUGGAUGUGAUUGUUGGUGAUGAUGAACAAAAGUAUGCAUUAAUUUGUCAAACCUGUUUUACGUGGAAUGGAUUAGCUCAUCCCGCAGAUUUUGAAGAUGUUCAAUAUUAUUGUAAAAAAUGUAAUCAUUUUAAUCCAUCUCGGCGAAGUCAACGUAAUGAAACAUCUUUAAGCGCACCAUCCAGUCUCACAAAUGUCAAAUGAUCCAUCUCAACUAGGUGACCCUUUAACCCCGCGAAGAGGACGUUCAACCACGCCAAGACCCAUGAGUCGUAGCAAUUCUUCGGACCCCGAAAAAGUAAUCGAUAAUGAUGAUUAUGAUGAUGAUGGUGUAGCUGUUAGUAAAGCUUUGGCCUCUAGAUCUAGCAGCCGGAAGAGAAGGAGCAGUCGAAGUCAAAAUAGGG